GCCAAUUGUUUAUUAGCUAGCUAUCUACGUCAUCGGAGUCAAGUUAGUUGCGUAGGGGUCGUCGAUGAUUGUUAUGGAAGAUGUCAUUAAUUCGAGGAGCUAUGUUCAAUUUAGCAAGAACGUCCCGUUGUCUCGGAAGGGUGUGUUCUCCGAUGAUGGUGCUUAGUCCAAGCCAAUCUGUGUUGGCACGAGGCACCCAGUAUCCGCAGCAGUUUAUAUCUUCAGAACCUCUGCGCUGGAGCAGCUCCUCGGUUCAAGAGAAGUCAGCGGAAAUCAACACAUCCCAAGAUAAAGUACUGCUCAGUGAAUCGUGUGUGAAGAGGCUGCAAGAAAUCAUGGAGAAAGGAGAGUACCUGAGAAUACAGGUGGAAGGUGGAGGCUGCUCUGGGUUCCAGUACAAGUUUUUAGUCGAGAAAGUGAUAAGUGAGGAUGAUAGGGUGUUUGAGCAGGAUGGCGUUGGAGUCAUUGUGGAUCAGGAUAGUUUGGAGUUUGUGAAAGGGUCCACACUGGACUACACCGCGGAGCUAAUCCGCUCCUCCUUUCACGUUGUCCGCAACCCCCAGGCUGAACAUGGCUGCUCCUGCGGCACCUCUUUCUCCAUCAAGGUGUGAGGGUUUUGGGCUUCUCUUCCCCUACUCUGUCAACGACCUGUCUGCGUUCAUCAGUAGAACUUUUCAAGAUAUGCACUUAUGCAGAGGUCUAGGACAUAGGUCAUUCUCUCCUGCCCUGUGUGAAACUUGAAUAUGCUAUAUUGUAACAUUUCUACCCAAAGAUGUUGUGAUUAAGCAUACCAGACCUGGGUUCAACUAAUGGUCAUAAGUUGUUUUCCUUGUGAAGUGGCUGCUGGUUUCUAAGGAAUUCGUCAAUUUCAAGUGAUAAUGGCCUGAAUAGCAUAUCAUUUAAUCUUCUGUCCAAGCAGUGACUUCAGUAAUAAUUAAGGCCUAAAAAUCUGGUUCAACAUUCAAGGAUGGGAGAUUAAAGUAAGUAUAACUCCAUAUACUGACAUUGAUCCAGUCUCUAUUCAAAGAAAUAUAAAUUUAAUGUUAACCACUGGAUGCCUGUACACAUUUUUUGUAAUACUGCAAUUUCAGUGGACUGUUACUGUUCUCAUAUAAAAUGACAGGUGACACGUUUGACUCUACUGAUGGUAUGAUUGUGCAAUAUUGUGCAAGGAUGUAAAUAGACUGUAUUGCUUUUCUCAAAGUAAAUAAAAAUAUUGAAAGGAGUGGUAACCUGCCUGCUUACUCAUCGGAAAUGUAACGGCACUGUUGAUUGAGCUGUACAUUUGAAAGGAACAAAUGUCCCACAUUCACCACAAUAAAGCAUGUAAAUAAUCAGUAAAACUACAGAAAAGAUCAAUACAAAGAAUUUACAAAAUUUAUUUUAUUAAUACUGGACCUGUAAUAUUCAGAAAAUAAUUUUAUUGUAAUCCUGGGAAGGAUGACCUAGCUUGAACAUGUGCCGUGCCACUCCUUACCGUGCGGUAUCACCCUAAACAAGGUAGUUUCACUCAAAAUGAAGAUUUUCUUUCAUAUUGUUUUUUUCCUCCUUUUUUCCUUGUCCACAGACCUUGGUUUUUUUCUUAAUUUGAAAAGGAAAUGGAAUUAAAUCUGUCAAAUAUUUGUUAAAACUGAAAAUAAAUGUAUGCUUUUAACCUAAGUAUUACAAAAGUAUGGUCUACCAGAAGGUCAUGUCUUUCACUGCUUACAAUCAGACACUGUGUUUUGUGCAAUCCUAGAUUUGUUCCUUUCCCUCAUGUAUUCGUACCUUUUGUGAGGUCAUUUUGACAAAAUGACCGUUUAUCAUAAAAUGUUUCUUGCAUUUCUUGCUGUGAGAUGUUAUUAAAUGUAAUUUUGUGCUA